AGUAGGGGAUUUUCGUUUAUAAGCGUUGUAGUGAAUCGUUUUUAACUGUUUUGGUGGCGCCAGUGUUAUUUUCGCAUUACGUGCCUCCUCCACAUUAAAUAAUAAACAAAACGUUUUUGAAACAAUGGCUCCAGUAGAUUCAGAAAAUGUGCCCGUCGAGGAAAAGAUGAGGAACCUUGUGCUCUCCGGACACGUCGGCUUCGACAGUUUGCCUGAUCAACUGGUCUCAAAGAGUGUCCAAAAUGGCUUCAUAUUUAAUAUUAUGUGCAUUGGUGAAACUGGGUUGGGAAAAUCCACACUGAUGGAUUCACUGUUCAAUACAAACUUUGAGUCAUCACCGAGUCCCCACACAUUGCCCAGUGUGAAGUUAAAGGCUCACACUUAUGAAUUGCAGGAGAGCAAUGUCAGGCUAAAGUUGACAAUUGUGGACACAGUCGGUUACGGUGAUCAGAUCAACAAGGAGGAUAGUUUUAAAGCUGUGGUCGACUACAUAGAUGCGCAGUUUGAGAACUAUCUACAAGAGGAGUUAAAAAUAAAAAGAUCGUUGCCAUCGUACCACGAUUCUCGCAUACACGUGUGCCUCUACUUUAUCUGUCCGACGGGACACGGUUUAAAGUCGAUCGAUCUGGUGUGCAUGAAGAAGCUGGAGCAAAAAGUUAACAUAAUCCCGAUAAUCGCGAAAGCUGACACGAUCUCCAAAACGGAACUCCAAAAAUUCAAAUCGAAGAUCAUCAGCGAGUUGCAGAACAACGGCGUCAACAUUUAUCAGUUUCCGGUAGAUGACGAAUCCGUUUCGGAAGUGAACACUAGCAUGAAUUCACACGUUCCGUUUGCUGUUAUCGGUAGUGCCGAUUUUGUGAGGGUCGGAAACAAAAUGAUGAGGGCCAGGCAAUAUCCAUGGGGAACUGUCCAGGUGGAAAACGAGUCACAUUGCGACUUUGUGAAACUAAGAGAAAUGCUCAUCAGGACAAAUAUGGAAGAUAUGCGAGAAAAGACACAUUGCAAGCACUAUGAACUGUAUAGGAAAAGGCGUUUGGAACAGAUGGGUUUCAGCGACGUUGACGCCGAUAAUAAACCGGUCAGCUUCCAGCAGACGUUUGAGGCGAAGCGAACCAAUCAUCUGCAGGAGCUACAGCAGAAGGAGGAUGAGAUGAGGCAGAUGUUUGUGGUGAGGGUUAAGGAAAAGGAAGCAGAACUAAAAGAGGCAGAAAAAGAGUUACACGCUAAGUUUGACAAAUUAAAAAAAGAUCACACAGAUGAGAAGAAAAAAAUUGAGGAGCAAAGGAAAAAAUUGGAGGAUGAUAUGAUUGAAUUCAACAGGAGGAAAGCGCAGUACCAACAAAUGGGUAGCAGUCAUCACACUUUGACUUUGGGAAAGAGCAAAAAGAAAUAAAAAGAUGCACGUUUCGUUAUUUACGUGUUUAUUACAUGUGUGUAAAUGACAUGUAUAAGAACUGCUACGAAUUAUUUUUACUGCUUAUCAAUUUAUUUCAGCAACAUACACACUAGACAACUAGUUAUGCAGUGUAAAUUAUGUGGUUUCUAUAAUUUUAUUCUAUUCGUCGUAAAAUAGAAUAAUUAUAGCUGGCUAGCAAUUUUUCACGUUUAUAACAAAACUGAAGCUACAAAAAUUAUCUACUUUAUUGACAUUGUUUAAGGCUCUAAAAUAUUUAAACUUGUAUUGUUGUUGAUUCCUUGAAAUUUUAAAUUGAUAUUGCAUGAAAAUUUUAUCGAAUUUUGUAACAUCUCUGUCUGUGACUUAUGUACGCCAGAAAUGAUACAAAAAGAUUACAAUUAAGUUUAAUUAAUGUAAUUUAUAGACUUUAUAUUAUAUUGUAUCUACCAAAGUAUGUUUGUGCAUGUUUUAUUUAUAUUUUAAAUAAUUUUUAUAUAUUUUUAUAAAUGUAUGAUUUGUGUAUGAGUUCAUGAAAUUCUAAAUAUAUUAUUUUACAUCGACAAA